CGAAAAAGAUUAGGAUUAUGUGUUGUUAAUUUGUCAUUUUCCGACUUUUUUUUGUGGUCAACAAGUCGACAAGUUUUCCAAACUUGAAGAUAUAGUCACCACCUUUGUGAGUACAGGCUCUCAGAAGUUCGAGAAGAUUGAGCAAUUUAUGGAUGUGGCAACCUCCAAAUUUACCUCGGUUGAGGCUGGACUUCGAAGUCAUCAAGCAAGCCUCCAUAAUUUGGAAGUGCAAAUCGGCAAUCUUGUCGGGAUCCUCACCGAGAGACCAAAGGGAGCCCUACCCUCUCAAACCGUGGCAAACCCCAAGCAUCAUGUCGGCGAGAAUGCAAUUCAAUUACGAAGUGGGAAGGUGACUCCGGAGGUCGUUGCCAAAGAAGUGAUUGAGAAGGAAGACUGUCUACCUGAGUCUGGAGAAGAAGAAACCUCGGCAGAAAAGAGAGGAGUGGCGAGGAAGGCAUCGUCAACGCCACCUCCAUUGGCUGAGUACACGCCACCCCUACCUUUUCCCUCGAGGGUGCAGAAAGAAAGAUUGAAAGCGGUAUGCGGAGGUUUCAUGGAGAUGCUCCGAAAGCUCCACCUCAACAUUCUCUUCCUUGAAGCAAUGGCCCACAUGCCAAGGUAUUCGAAAUACCUCAAGGGGCUUCAAUGAUCUUGCUAUGCAUUUUGGGAGACCUUAGUGGGCUAUUUUUAUGCAUUUCUUGAGUUUUCAAAGACCGCCCACCAAGUGUUCGAAGAAAGUCCCCAACUACGUAGUCCCCAUUUUCUUCAAUCCUACUAAUUGACUUUGAGCAUCAACUUCCAUGCACUUGUUAACUCUUAUUUACUUAAUUGUGUGUUGUUUGGGGAGAUUAUAGGUUAUAUUUCCUUAUCAUUGAACUCCAUAUUCAUCUAAGUCCUAUAUUUUGUGCACGUCUUAGUAUCAAUCAAGUGUGUCGGGAAACUUAGAGAGUUGAUGAGAGCUCUUUGAAUAUUCCUUUCUAUGAUAUUUGAUGUUUGGAUUGAUGGUUUGUGCAUUUUGUACUACUUGUUUUGAAGGAUAAUUUACAAGACUAAGGAAAUGGCCCGUGGAGAGAGUUCUUCUAAUAUGGAGCAUUCUCGAACUUAUCAUCCUCAUCAAGGCCAUCGGAAGAAGAAAAAUAAAUCUGGGUCAAAGGAAGUAGUUAUCUAAGAACCACAUCCACCAUCUCUCUCUCUCCCCAUAUACUAAGGGCAAACCAUCAAGAUAAUGAAGCCAAGGUUUAAAG